AUGGCUCCUAUCAACUUCUUCCUUUCUCUACUUUUGCCUUGUGGCAUCACAGCUGCCUCACCUCACUCUCAAGUUCAUGGUAACUGCAUUAAGACUGGAAAGGGACAGCCCUUCUCAGCAUCAAAGCAGGCAUGUGGAGUAACAACAAAAGCUUUCUCAUCUUGGACUGGUCAUGACUGCUGCAACUGGAGGGGAGUGUCCUGCAACAAUGAAACCGGCCAUGUCACCAAGCUUGAUCUGCAAUACCCUUAUUAUGAUCCCAUUCAUCCCAUACCACCACCAAACUUCAUUGGCUCUCUUGCCAACCUUGACUACCUUAACCUCUCUAAUGCUGAAUUCAGUGGAAUCCUUCCCCAUACCUUUGGAAACUUAUCAUGCUUCUUGAGAUUCUUGAGCUUGACUCCAAAACUCUUUGAUGGAGUGAUUCCAGAGUCCAUGGGAAAUCUUGGUAGCUUGGAGAAACUUGAUUUGUCAGUAAAUAAAUUCAAUGGAAGCAUUCCUGAAUCUCUGAGCAAUCUUACAAAUUUAGAUGGAGGCUUCCCGGAUUCCUUCGGCAAUCUCACACUUUUGCAGCUACUCAGUGCAUCUGGAGGCAACAAUCUCAGUGGCAAUUGCAGCAGUGGAGAAUGCCGCAAUGGCAUCACAGGGAAAUUACCAGAAUCUAUGGGAAAGCUCUCUAGCUUGUGGAGCUUGAUUUAUCCAAGAACAACAUCACUGGAACAUUGCCAAAAGGAGAAUAAGGAUUUUUCUGCUUUCGGAAAGAAGUAUGGGUCUAAAAACAUUGCGUAUGGGAAAAACAAGCUAAAUGGAACAGUCCCAGAAAACAUCGGCCAAUUAUCUAAACUGGAGCCUACUGCAUCUCUCUUCACUCUUUGA